AUGUUCCUGUCUGUCCUUCUGUCUGCACUGGGCACAGUGGGAGCAGCGUACUGCGUAGUAAUCUCAGUUAUGGGCUUGAUUAAUGGUCCUCUGUGUGACAUAGGAGAUGGAGAAUACAUAUAUCCCUUCAGGAAUGACACUGAGAAUUACCUGUUCAGUCAGGACAGGUGGAGCAUCUGCAAGGAACCAGAGAAUGUCGUGUUGUGGAACGUUGUCUUGUUCUCCAUCACAUUGGGAAUCUCUGCCAUUGAGGCCGUCCUGUGUCUCAUACAAGUCAUCAAUGGAGUCAUUGGGGCGAUCUGUGGCACCUGCUUGAGGAAAAGAAAGGUCAACGUAUGUCAUUGUUAA